GAGAGAGAGAGGGGAAGAUAAAAAGAGGUUGAAGCCGCCGACAUCUAUCUCCUCGCCUGAGGAACGAACCUAUACGAAAGAACCGAAGGAUCCAGCUAGAUUUAGACCACUCCUCCUCCUCCCUUUAUAGUUCGUCUGUUGUUGAGGGGGGGAAAUGUUUUCUCCCGUCGUAGACCUACACCAACGGAAAUCUGUACCGCUGGCAACUAUGGAAAACAGGACAACGAGCAGAGACUGAGAUACCUAACAUAGGAACGCAGCCAACAACCCCAAAAAACAAAUAAACAACUUAUAGGAACCGUUUGGGAAUGCACAAGGGCACUGCGCUAGGAAGACUCAUAACGGACCGUUGUAAUAACAUCGUGAAUAACGGUGUGACAUCAGGCAGCAUUGUCAUGGAGUUCCUAAACGACUCGUUGGUCGGUGGAUCAGACCUGGACCUGAGAGCCCUCCACUUCUACAACGACUCUCUGCUCUUCCAGAACAACUUCAGUGGUGGGUACAACGAGACCGACGCCUUCCUGCCUGCCGGCGUCAAGAUUACCAUCGUUGUAGUCUACAUGAUGGUCUGCGUGGUGGGGCUGGUGGGCAACUGUCUGGUCAUGUACGUCAUCAUCAGGUACACUAAGAUGAAGACAGCCACCAACAUCUACAUAUUUAACCUGGCUCUGGCUGACUCCCUGGUCCUCGCUACCUUACCCUUCCAGGGAACAGACUUGUUCCUGGGCUUCUGGCCGUUCGGUAACGCCCUCUGCAAGGCCGUGAUCUCCAUCGACUACUACAACAUGUUCACCAGCACCUUCACUCUAACCGUGAUGAGCAUGGACCGCUACGUGGCCGUGUGCCAUCCGGUCAAGGCCCUGGACAUGAGGACGCCCCACAAGGCCAAGGUGGUCAACAUCUGUGUAUGGGUCCUGGCGUCGGCGAUAGGGGUACCGGCCAUGGUUUUAGGAGAUGUGGAGGUCGAACAUAACAGUGUAGAGUGUAUCGUAGUCCUUCCGGACCCUCGUAGCUACUGGGACCCUGUGUUCGGCACCUGCGUCUUCCUCUUCUCCUUCCUCAUCCCGGUGGCCAUCAUCAGUGUCUGCUACAGCCUGAUGGUGAAGCGUCUUCGCAACGUCCGCAUCCUGUCCGGCUCCAAGGAGAAGGACCGCAACCUGCGCCGCAUCACCCGCAUGGUCCUGGUGGUAGUGGCAGCCUUCGUGGUCUGCUGGACCCCCGUCCAGAUCAUGGCUCUGGCCCAGUCGUUGGGCUUCAACCUGAGUAGCCUCCUCACCAUGGCCCUGAUGCACUUCUGCAUCGCGCUGGGCUACGUCAACAGCAGUCUCAACCCAGUCCUCUACGCCUUCCUGGACGAGAACUUCAAGAGGUGCUUCAGGGAGUUCUGCCAUCCGGGUCCGUUCCACAGCCGGCAGCAGUCGGGCCGGAUGAGGAGCAUCGCCCGCGAGGUGGCCUACAACUGCAAGACGGCGGACGGGAAUACAAACCCCGCAUGACUAGGCGUGGAGCUGCCCCUGGUCUGCCAGGAGCCCCAGAACAACCACCACCAGGGGACAGGGAACUCCAACACGGAGCUCACCCAGAUCACUACCCUCUAGCAGCACGUCGGUCCCCCCCUGGGCUGGGGACGAACGGGGACAGGCCGGGGAAGAGGACCGGAGGUGGCCCAGGGCAGGGGGCACUGUCCGAAUGGCCUGGUUGGGGACGGAUCUGGGCCGGAGUUGUUUGGAGGCUGAACAGCAGGGUCACGUAGUCUAACGGACCUUCUAGUAGGGACUAAGGGGCUUCUCUGUGUCUUUAGUGAACAUGGAUGUUAUUUACAUGGAUGUCAUGUUGUCUUUUUUUUUUUGUUGGUUAAUCAUUUUCAGGCCGAUUAAGUUCAGAGUUUAGGUCUGUGUGCUUCAAGGACAAUUUCCGCGAAUGUCAACAGUUUUUGCUCACACUUAUCUCAACUCUGAGUCUGUUGGUUGGUUGAUUAAUUAUGUUGUCGUGGUCAUUUUUCGUCGUGUUGCUUUUCUGUCUGUUUCUAUGCUGUAAGUGGAUGUUUUGUUAUUUGUUUAUUUCUGUUUUAUUUUGUUAGAGAGGAACAAUUUAACUGAUUCCAUGGCCUUAAAUACCAAACAAAGUUUGUUAUAAAUACUAUCCACUAUCCUGGAUAAAGUGUAUUAGUCCUUGAUGGUGCUUCACUGUUAGUUUUCUAUACCUUGUUUGUUUUUUAUUACCUUGCAGGUGUUGUGUAGGAAUGCAGGUGUUGUGUAGGAAUGCAGGUGUUGUGUAGGAAUGCAGGUGUUGUGUAGGAACGGGCAACACAUCACAACAGACACUUGCUUGUUGAAGCUUUUAUUCAUUGUUACCGAUGAAAUAAUCGCAGAUGAUGAUGCUGCCUGAUGCUCCGCGUAUGUAUAUUUCUGUUUGUCUUCCUGUAAAAAAAGAAGCAAAGAUAUUUUGUAUUAUAAUGUGUUUUGGAACAGCACAGUCUUAAAGUAAAAUGUAUUAAAAAGGGAAAAAUAAAAGUGCAGCAAAAUGAAAAUACAUCACAUGGUGUUACUCUACAUACAGAAAGUAUUCACACCCCUUGACUUUUUCCACAUUUUAUUGUGUUACAGCCUGAAUUUAA